UAUUGUGUCUGGUUUCAUCCAUCAGAUGUCUGUGAUCUCACACUGGACCCAAACACAGUAGACAGACGCCUCUCUCUGUCUGAGGGGAACAGAAAGGUGACAUGGAGGAGAAAGAAGCAGCCGUAUCCUGAUCACCCAGAGAGAUUUGAGGACUGUGGACAGGUGCUGUGUAGAGAGGGUCUGACUGGGCGCUGUUACUGGGAGGUAGAGUGGAGUGGGAGAAGGGUUGAUAUAGGAGUGACAUAUAAAGGAAUCAGCAGGAGAGGAAGGGUUAAUGACUGUUGUCUUGGACACAAUGACAAGUCCUGGAGUCUGUACUGCUCUGACAACAGUUACAUUGCCUGUCACAAUAAUAAUCGGACUCUCAUAGACGUCCCCUCCUCCAGCUCCCACAGAGUAGGAGUGUAUCUGGACUGGCCAGCCGGCACUCUGUCCUUCUAUAGAGCCUCCUCUGACACACUGACCCACCUGAUCACAUUCACCUCCACAUUCACCGAGCCCCUCUAUCCAGGGUUUAGGGUUUGGGGUGAUGGCGACUCAGUGUCUCUUUGUCAGUGAUACACAC